AGGAAACAGGAAAUUGCACCUCCUUCACGUAGGAAGUUUUAUGCCUACAACUAUGAUUACAAGCCCAACAAGUUUAGAGCUGCAAGGAAAAUUCCCUGCAACUUCAAACUUGAUGUAGGGACACACACCAUUAACUACUCCGGACCCAAACUUAAUUGGGUACCAAAAUCUUCCUCCUCCUAAUACAGGAAGCCGCUAAGUACUCAGGUGUCUGGUACUUAGACAGUGGCUGUUCAAGACACAUGACGGGUGAUGCAAGCCUUUUGAGCAAUUUAAUUCCCUAUGAUGGUUCAAGAGUUACUUUUGGAGGAAGCAAUGAUUUUGGCCUUACCAAAGGGCUAGGAAAUCUGGUGUACAAGGGACUAACCAUCCAAGCUGUAUCUUAUGUUGAAGGUCUCAACUAUAACCUUCUUAGCAUAAGUCAGUUUUGUGAUAAAGGUUAUUCCUUGGAAUUCUGCAAGGACAUGGCAUCUCUCAAGAACAUCUCCACAAAUGAAGUCAUUCUCACUGGGAAGAGAAUCAGAAACAUCUAUGAAGUAAUGUGGGACAAUGUCAAGGAAGCAUGUCUAAUCAGCAAAGGCGCUCAAGAACUCUCCGAAUUUCUUCAAAUGGAGAUUCGCCUCAAAUUCGAGGAAGAAGUUCUUGAAUUCUACAGGAAUGGAGAAGUCAAGACUGCUCAUUCAAAGAAGGACCCACAGAGGACGUUUCCAGUUAUCAAGUCCACUGUAGGGGGGUACAAAGUCAAAAAUCUGGACUGGAAUAUCAUUGGAAUCUCUGGGCAAAUUCCUUCUGGCCCAGCAAAGAAAGCAGAUCUCAACAAUGAUUACAAGCUGAUUUUGGAACUGGUCAUCGCCUGCCUCGAGUGUGGAAGUGGAGGUCAUGCCGAUGACAUCACCCAGGAGAGAGCCUUCAUCAUCAACGCUCUCAUUACCAAAACUAAGGUUAACUGGGCUGCACACUUUUUCAAUUCCAUCUCAAAGCAUUUGGGAAAGCCCAACCAGAAAUAUCUCUGUCAAGGACUAUACCUUGGACAUAUUUUGGAGUCUAUGGGUAUUGCUUCUAAAGGAAAGAAGUAUGGAGAAAGAUACUGGUUAUACUAUCUGUCUUCAAAAGGAGAAAAAAGAGCCAGUGCUAGUGCCAUUGCAGAAGAAAGCUCUUCAGACAAUGUCCUGCUCAUCCAUAUGGCAAAGACUGCCAAAAGAAAGCAAGUGGUGUCUCCUUCCAUUAGUAUUGAAGCACCACAGAACCUUGCUUUGGCAUGUUUGGAAGAAGAAGAAGAAGUCUCUGACCAUGGAGAACUUCAAAGGAAGAAAAAGAGAAAGAUCAACUCUCCAUCAACAUCUGGAAAUGUCAAUCCGGAUGAGUUGAAGGAGAAGGAAACUACUGAGGAAACCUCUGUUCAAAACCGGAGCCCUCAACAGUUUGAAAAAGAAACUCCUCAAGUCCCAAGCCAUCCAACCCCCUCAUCUCAGCCUCAUACAGAUGAUGCUGACAACAAAUUCUGGCAGCUCUACUAUAAUUGGAGAGCUUGGAAAGUUGGAAAUUCAGAAGAGCAACUGUUGGAUUGGGACCAACAGUUGAAAAAUGAGAAGAUUAUCAAGAAGUGCUUAGGUAUUCCAGUCAACCACAACUGUGAAGAUAUUUUGAACGAUUACUGGGUAUGGCAAAAGAACCCAGAAGACCUGCAUAUGGAAUACCUGGCCAACACACCAGUUUCAGACUGUGAAGCAGAUGAUGAAGACACUGCUGUCUUCAAGCCAGUCUUCACUAGAGCCACAGAAGAACAAAUGGCUCUCACCUCUGAAGAAAUAGCUGUUUUGGAAGCAACAGAUGAGGAUUUCCCUAUCUUUCCGGAAACCUCACCUGCGUUUGAAAUGGUUUUGACUGAAACUGUUCAAGAGAAGGCAGCCUCUCCCCCACAAGAGCAGAACCAAGAAGCAACUGAAGAAGAAGAAUUUCAGCGACUGAUCCAAUCUCAAGUGCUCGAGAUCCUCACUACUCCUUCUAUUCCAGAAACCAUGGAGAAAGCAGUAGAAGUCCAAAGGCACUCUGGAAAAGCUGAGAAGGAAACUCAGAUGGCAGAAGUGGAGGUCUCUCAAACUCCAAUAGCCAUCUUUGAAGAACCAAAUGAAGCUGAAGAUAGUGACUCCCUCUCCAGAUACAUAUCAAAUUUUGCACUUGAUGAAGCUGAAGGAGAAUCUGAGAGGACACUAAAGGUCACUGAUGAAGAAGAUGUACAAGAAGAUGCUGAAUCUCUUCCUUUGCAACUCUUCCAAAGGACAUCAUCUCCUCAUCAGGUAACCAAUUUUCAUUUCCAUAGCUCUUCAACCCCUACCCUUCCGGAUGAGAUACCGGAAAUCUGGACAAAGAAGGUCCAAGGGCUGAUUGAAUCAGCCCUAGCAUCUCAACAUGCCUCCUUUAGGCAAGAGAUAGAGCUAAUGGAAGCCAAACACACUCAGCUGAUAGAGAAAUCUGAAGAGAAACACAGCGCUGAUCUCAAGGAGAUAAGUAAAUCAGUAGAAAAGACUCUAGAGAUCAUCUCUCUAUUGAGUAAAACUGUGAGCAAUACGAUGGAAAUAUACACCUCUGACAGUCAACUGCAAUUCAAUGAAUUCAACAAAGUCAAGGAGCAAAUAGCAAAUGUCACAGUUGGUCUACAAAAACAGAUGUCCCUUCUCCAAAUGGACAUCAGAUCAGCCCUAGCAAUAGCUUCAGCAAAUCAG